ACGAACUUCUUCAUCUUCAUUCAGAAGUUGGGGACUUCACCAUGAAACCAUCCCCUUCAUUCUCCUCGAUUAACUAUGAAAUUCAGCAAAAAAUCUAUGAAGACAUCCCUUCUCUUGGUUCUCCUCGAUUAACUUAAUCUAUCAGGGAAACAAAAAUACAGCAAAACGAAGAUUUGGGUGUUUACCCCUCUCGCCAAUCACCCAUGACAAAGCUGGUAGCAGGUGAACAAGAAAAUAUGCCGAAACUUCGAAGAGACUUCUCAAUUCCUUCAAUGGGAUUGGACAAUGUCUCGAUUAAGAGACCACGUGAAAGUCCAGCACUUAAUGAUGCUUCAGAAGAGCGCAACCAGGCCUCUGGUUCCAGAUCCCGCAAAAGUCCAAGAUUGGAACAGGCUCAACGUCGGUAGUCUACCUUUUUCUUUGCAACUGGACAAUAUACUAUCAGAACUGAUGUUGGUGAACUGGAUAGGAGUGGAAUCCAGUGGCAAAGAAAGCUUCGUACCCCGGCGAAGCCCCAGAUUUGUUGGCCAAAUUCAAGGUCAAGAUGAUAUUGGUGAACCGGAUAGGAGUGGCAAAGACAGCUUUGUACCCCGGCGAAGCCCCAGAUUUGUUGGCCAUAUUCAAGGUCAACAUGAUGUUGGUGAACCAGAUAGGAGUGGAAAAGAAAGGUUAAUACCCCGGCGAAGUCCCAGAUUUGUUGGCCAAGUUCGGGAUCAAGAAUUAGUGAGGCAAGAAAGGCGCCGUGCUGCACAAAGGGCAAGACGGAAUUCAAUGACUAAGAAUGAAAGAGAGCAGAUGCUUGAAAAACGGCGUACAAAUUAUCAUAUGAGAGUAGCUGCUGCAAAUGUAGUCCUUCCCCGUCGAAGCCCAAGAAUCUCAGAGCAAGUAUGGCGUCAACAAGUGGAUAUCGAAAAAGAAAGAGAUGACCAUCAGGAAACUGGAACAAGUUGCACUAAUAUCUCUCAAAAUAAUGCAGCGAGAUUCAUUCCACGUCGAAGUCCUAGAAUUUCAGAGCAAGUUCAGCGUGCAGAUGAGGAAGCCGCAGAGACAUCAAGAAAGAAAAAGGGAAAAUCAAUUGCACCAUAUCAGAAACGACGGCGAGCAAAUAGUUAUUUUCCUGGCAUAAACACGGAGGGAAGUUAGUUAUUGGUACUAGAGACAACAACAACAACAAGUCAAUAGAUGAUAGUGAUAGCGGCUCUGAUGAUGGCGAAUAUUACGAGAUGUGUGAGCAAGUCAAUGUGGAAGUUGCUGCUAAAACUGUUGUAAGUGAACCUGAUCAAGUUGAGGGUACCCUCCCCACCAGAUUCAGAAAUAUUUGUCGAAACUCCAGGUUCCUCAACCGAGAUAGAAAGGAUGAAGCAGGACCAAGUACUACUACCGGAGCUUCGACAUCUACAACAUCUACCUCCCAAACUGAUAGAGCAAAUCAACAAAUUCCUGUGGUUGGACAACCAAGUUUAGUGGCAGCAGCCAAUGUAAUCCUUCGUCGAAGUCCCAGACUUAGCGACCUUGCACAACGUCAACAAUCUUCGCAGGCACCAACUGAAAUAACACUCCGUAGAAGCCGAAGAAUCACGGGGAGAGUCCAACAAGAGAACGCGCAGAAUGCAAAUGCAAAUCCACAAGGAACUCAAGUCGGAAGAGUGAGAGGUCGUCCGCCUCGAAGUGUUGUAGGAAGAUCCUCAUUCUUGAAUUGUGCGAGAGGCAUUACCUAUAAAGUUGGAUUCAAGAAGUUCCAUCUGCCAACGCCAAGCAUAUGUCCAAAGUGCCAAGCGAUGAUUUUUUAUCGUGAACCAAAAGGUUUUUGUUGUUCAGAUGGGAAUGUUGUUUUAACGUUUAGUUCCACCCCCUAUUGAACUUCUGGAGAUGUAUGAAGAUCAAACUGAAGUUGGGGUACACUUUCGGAGGUACAUACGACGCCACAAUCAGUGUUUCUCAUUAACAUCAAUUGGGGUGAAUUAUGACAGGGAAUUAGCUGAUAAUAGAGAAGGUGUGUAUACGUUUCUUGUUCAAGGUGAUAUCUAUCAUAAAAUAGGCAGUCUUCUACCUCCCGUGGUUGAAAAUGAAACAGACCCUCCAAGAACAGUUCGUCCCAGAUACAGAUAUAUAUUUAUGAUACAGAUAACGAUAUUGAUUGGAGGAUGGAAGAAGGUGGUGCCGAUCUAAACCGAGAAGUGAUGGAGAAGUUGAGGAUAAUUCUGGAUACACGUAAUAGCUUCGUGCAUGUAAUCAGGCCGCUUGCACAACGAGAAGACAUACAAAGAUGUGGAUUGGUUAUUAAAGAACAACCUGCGACCGAAAAGAAGUACAUGCUUCCAACUGCCUCACAAGUUGCCGCAAUUGUAGUCGAAGGAGAUGGGUCUACUAAACCUGGAGAGCGAGACAUUGUAGUACGAACAAUGGAAGGAAAGUUGUUAUUUAUCCAAGAAACAUCGGGUUGUUAUGAUCCUCUCCAGCAUCCACUUUUGUUGCCAUAUGAGAGUUAUGGAUGGGACCAGAAUAGUAUGGAUGAGAACGGCAGAGAGUUUACAUGCCUUGAGUACUACUCCUACAUGCUACAGAUACGAAGUAAUGACGCGUCGCUUCUUCUUCGAGGUGAAAGACUACUACAACAAUAUGCUGUGGAUAACUGGGUGAAGAUUGAUUUACCUAGACUUAGAUGGUUAUCUAAUCAUCAAGAAGAGAUAAGAGCUGAAUUGCAUCAAGGUCUACAAGAUGCACGAACGGCGGGCGAAACCAGUGCAAAGAAUUUUGGUCAAAGGAAAGUGCUUCCUUCCUCAUACCUGGGCAUCCCCCGUGACAUGUACCAGUGGUAUCAGGAUGCAAUGGCACUGGUGCAAAAGUACGGUAAGCCCGAUUUGUUCAUUACAAUGACUUGCAACCCACUCUGGGAUGAGAUCGUGUCCAACCUAGGACCGGGUCAAUCUGCAUCGGAUAGACUCGAUCUGACUACAAGGGUGUUUCGUGAAAAGCUCGAAGAGAUCAAAGAAGAUCUUUUUACCAAGUAAAUAUUUGGCAGAGUAGCUGCCCAUGUGCAUAUUGUUGAGUUUCAGAAAAGGGGUCUUCCUCAUGUUCAUAUGUUAAUUAUAUUGAGGGACGAGGACAAAUUACAAGGUCCCGAUGAUUAUGACAAGAUAGUGAGAGCAGAAAUACCUGACCCUGAGGAAGAGCCAGAACUACACGAAUGUGUGAAAAAGUGGAUGAUUCACGGUCCAUGUAGUAGUAAGUGCAUGAGAGAUGGUAAAUGUAAGAGAAACUUUCCAAAAGAGUUUUCCGAGUGUACUGUGCAAGGAAAAGACGCAUACCCUGUUUACAGGAGACGUAAUGAUGGGCAAUGCAUACACAAGAGUGAACAUUUUGUAGUUGAUAAUAGGAUGGUCGUGCCUUGUAACCCUUGGUUAUUACAAAAGUAUGAUUGUCAUAUAAACGUAUAAAUUUAUAGUAGUGUGGAGAGUGUUAAGUAUCUUUACAAGUAUGUGUAUAAGGGUCCGAAUUAUGUAUCUUUUGGAGUACAACCAGUAGACCAUGACGAGAUAACAAGGUAAAAAUGCAAGAUGAGUUUGUGCCCAAGAGGCAAUGUGGAAGAUCUUUAGCUUUCCUCUUUACAAGGUCUAUCCUUCGGUAGUGAGAUUACAAAUACACCUUCCUAACCAACAGAGAGUCAGGUACUAUGAUUAUUAAACGUUAGAUGAAAUUUUGUCCGAUGAAAGGAAUUUGAGAACAACUUUGACAGGGUUCUUCGUGACAAAUGCUCGCGAUCCUCGAGCGAGAAAGUUGUUAUACCGUGAAUUUCCAGAAUGCUACUGUUGGGAUACAAAAACAAAAGAAUGGAUAAGGAGACGAAGUACACAAAAGGCGAUAGGGAGGGUUUAUACAAUACCUUCAUGUGCAUGAGAGGCGCGGUUCUUAAGGCACAUUCUGAACCACGUUAGAGGCCUGACUUCUUUUGAUGAUCUAUUGCUUGUUAAUGGAGAGAGAUGUCGUAUAUUCAAGAGAGCUGCCGAAAAGCUGGGAUUCUUAGAGAAUGAUCAGAAUGCGAGAGCGUCUUUGGCUGAAGCAGCAACAGUCAAGAUGACGUAUGCUCUGAGAAGACAAUUCGCCUCCAUCUUGCACUUUUGUAAUCCGACGGGCGUGAGAGAAUUAUGGGAUGAAUUUUUCAACAGCAUGGUCGAGGAUUACUCGAGUUCAAGCAAUACAAGCUCGACAUUCUUAUCAGAUCGUCUUCUUCGUGAGUUGAAUUUGAUACUUAAAGCAGCACGAUAAAGACAUAUCCAUGUAUGAUCUACCGCCGAUUGUUGGCACAUUGGGUGAGGAAGUUGAGAUUUCGAGUCUGAUUCAAGAGGAGUUGUCGAUUUCUAUAUCCGACGAAGACCUGUCUUCUGUCCAAAAGUUGAAUGAAGACCAGUCUAGGGCCUACAAGACAAUCAUGGAAGCAAUUGAGAGAAAGGAAAGUAAAGUCUUCUUCAUAGAUGGUCCGGGAGGUACUGGGAAGACCUAUCUCUGUCGUGCUAUUCUGGCGACUGUCAGGAAAAAUGGUGGUAUUGCGUUAGCAACAACCACGUCAGGAAUAGCUGCUACUAUGCUACCUGGUGGGAGGACAGCACACUCAAGGUUUCAGCUUCCGAUGACACCGACAUCAACUUCAACGUGUCGUACGAAGAAACAAACCGAGGAAGCUAAACUUUUGAGGCAUGGUAUCGUCCUUAUGUGGGAUGAAGCUACGAUGGCGCAUCCCUACUCUUUAGAAGCAUUUGAUCGGACGAUGAGAGAUAUCACAGGGAUUGAAGAACCAUUUGGUGGAAAGAUUCUGAUCAUGGGAGGUGAUUUCCGCAAAGUACUACCAGUGAUUCCAAGGAGUACAAGGGGACAGACAGUCGAUGCAUGUCUUAGCAGGUCACAUUUGUGGGAAAAUGUACAUGUUUUGCAUCUGAAGAAGAAUAUGCGUGCAGCCGAGGAUGCAUCUUAUUCUGAGUUUUUGAUUCGUGUUGGUGACGGGGAUGAACCUUGCAUUGCUAAUGAGAGGAUAAAGGUUCCGGAAGAGAUGGUCAUACCAUGGGUUAGUGAUGCUUCUUUGGCUCAGCUUAUAGAUGUUACAUUUCCAAACUUGGUAGAAAAUGCCAGAGACGUAGACUACAUGGUCAAUAGUGCAUUGAUCACACCAUUGAAUGAGUGCGUCGAGAAGCUUACUGACCGAGUAUUUAGCAUCUUUCCUGGAGAAGAGGUUUUAUUCUACUCAUUUGAUCCUGUGGACGACGAUACUCACGGUCUUUACCAACAAGAAUACCUGAACAACAUUGAUCCUGGGGGUUUGCCAUCACACAUCUUAAAAUUGAAGAUCGGUGCUCCUAUUAUGUUGUUGCGGAAUGUUGAUGCAAAAAAUGGUCUAUGUAAUGGUACCAGGUUAAUAAUCAAAGAGUUCUUCCCAAACUGUAUUGAUGCUGUAAUUAUUAGUGGGGAUUACAUAGGUACACGAGUUUUUAUUCACAGGAUGCCAUUGGAGCCACCUGAGAAUUUAAAGCUCCCAUAGAAGUUUAAAUGUAAACAGUUUCCGGUCCGUUUGUGUUUCACCUUUACAGUCAACAAGGCGCAAGGGAAAACGAUUGAAAACACGGGUAUUUUUUUUUCCUGAGCAUGUAUUCAGCCACGAUCAGCUGUAUGUUGCUCUCUCGAGAGGAGUAUCAAGUAGCAACACGAAAGUAUUAGUCACUAAAGGCAUCGUUGCAAAGAAGAA